AUGGGUGGUCAUAUGAGAUCUCACUUGGCUAAACUCCCGAUUCCUCCAAAACUCAGCCUCCCAUCUUCUUCUUCAACCCCAGCACCCAACAAUAGUAAAUCUCCACCUCCUUCUUCUUCUGCCCUUAGUCGUGAUCCUUCCAGUGAGGUUAAUCACAUGCAGCCUUAUCGAUCUGAACUUUCUAGCGAGACCGAGUCUCCCAGGAACCCAACUGGGAGAAGAUCCAAACGACUUCGUAAGGUUGCGUUGAACAUGGUGGGCUCACCAUCGGACUCGGUAAGUUCGAUUGUUAUCCCAGUAAUCCCCGCUGAAACUGAAACUUUAUCUAGUGAAGAUGCUGCGAUGUGUCUUUUGAUGCUUUCUAAAGAUAAGUGGACUACUAUAAAAAAAGAGCAAAAAGAAGUCUAUUAUGAGUCCAUAGACGAUGAAGAAGAGUUUGACGGUGACGGUGACGACGAUGUGGAUGAGAAUGAGAACAAUGAUGAUGAUGACUUGUUUUGCGUCACUAACCCUGGUGCCCAGGCUCACCCAAAGUACAAGUGUGAGACAUGCAACAGAGUUUUUAAAUCUCACCAGGCUUUGGGUGGGCAUAGAGCUAGUCACAAGAACAAGCAGGUUAUUAGGGCUUCUAUCGAAGAAGGAGAGGAGGCUGAAGGAGAAGAGCGUGGCGGUGCUGGUGGUGGUGAUCAGAUUGAACAACAAAGAAUCUUUGAGUGCCCGUUUUGUGACAAGGUGUUUCAGUCGGGUCAAGCACUUGGUGGGCACAAGAAAAGUCAUUUUACUUACUUAGCUGUUGCUGAUAAGGUUCCUGAGAAAUCAUCUGCUGUUCAAUUGUUCGAUCUUAAUUUACCAGCUCCUGAAUAUGACGAUGAAAGUUAG